AUGGUCUCGGGACAACAGAAAUUGGACUUAUCUCUCCUGAGACGACGACAUGACCCCUCGCCGACAUCUUCCGCGAGCCUUUCACCAACAGUUCCCACCCUUGAAUCACCGGUGUCAUUUCAGGCGUUGGCAGUCAGAGCCGUCUCCGACACGACGAUGACACAGCGAAACAAGCUCGAUAGGCCGCCCGCUAGGCCUUCCAUGUUCAUUGAGGAGACGGAUGAUGAUGAUUCAAUGCUUCCAAAACUGACUCGUGGCACACCUGCAGACCCGAAGUCUGCAGGUGUGAUAGGUAAAAGCGUUGAGGAGGAGCCAGUGCGACGAGCAAAAAGUCAGUACUUCGACGGUUUUUUCAGCGCACGCGGGCAAGAGCUGUCACUCAGGGAUCGAUUGAGUCAAACAUCAGUCAUUGUGGCUGAGCUUAAGCUUAGCAAGACGGUUACAGACGAUGAAGCCCUUGUUUCGGUGGUCUCAUCUCGCUUAGCGCAUAUCUAUCAGAGACACGAAUCGUCUAUGAUGGUUACCAUACAGCAGAAUGUAUGUAUUCGCUUUGGUACCUCGAAGGACCCAUCAUAUUUGUUGAAGCUCUACACACUCCCAUGCCUCAUAGGCUCUAUCACCAAUCUUCGCCGCACCUCUCUGAUCCAGUCAGCUCUGAGGGACCUUCUGCAGAUUGAACCGUAUCGCGGUGUAGUCCUUUAUCUUCCAGUUCCUGAAGAGAACUUUGCGACAAAUGGUGUGACUUACAUGGGCGAAAUCGCACGCCAUGAACCUCGGACCGAUGACGAUGACCCGGGUAUCCUCCGAAACAUCUCACGGGGUUUGAGUAGAAGGCUGAAAUCGAACAGCGCCCACAGCGCGCCUCGUUCUGAGGCAACAACUUCUUCAUGGGAUCCUGAAACUGAUGCUCGAACGUCAACAUCAGUGAGAGGAAAUGAUUCUUUGCAAAGCGAGGGCUCUCGAGAAGCAGAGGCGUUAAGCCAAGGCAACAGUAGAGGAUCCAAGAGUCUGCGACACUUCCUUUCCCGUCGCGUGCAGAACCCUACUGGAGGAGUAGAGGACAAGCGCCUCACCAUGGCUUCGAAAGUAACCAGCAGCAGCAUAAGAGAAAUUCAAGGCGAUCUCUUCGACGCGCCAGACGGAGCAGCCUUGAUCCACGCAUGUAACUGUAUCGGGUCCUGGGGCGGCGGGAUUGCAAAAGCCUUCAAACAGAAAUAUCCGGCUGCAUACAACAUCUACCACUCGCACUGCCAGAAAUACAAAUUCAGCCCGGAGUCCAUAGUAGCUCCAGACCAGCCAAACAAUCCACAGCUGUCCACCAGAAACAGAAAUAUCCGAUUACCGGAGGGCACAGCUCUCAUCAUUCCGCCCCAGGAAACGGACUACAGGGGUAAGAGCAAGAAACACUGGAUCAUCUGCCUGUUCACUUCGCGCAAUUUCGGGAAGAGGGUCAGUCCGCCUGAGGUCAUUAUCCAGAAUACUGAGCUCGCUGUCGCAGAUAUGGUGAGGCAGAUCGAUGAGCUUCGUGCUGACGAGUCGGGAAUUGGGGAGCUUUGGUCGUGUCGCUUUAACUCGGGGCUGUUUGGUGUUAAGUGGGAGCUUUCAAGGAGGGUUUUGGAAGAGUCGGGUCUGGAUUUUACUGUUGUACGGCCGGAGGAUGAAGAUGAGUGA